UUGGAAGGGUUGGAGGGUUUUAUUGGACUGUCAGUGGGUUUUUUGGGGGGCAGUUGGUGGGGUUUUCUAGGGGCUGAUGGUGGGGUUUUUUGGGGCUGUCGGUGGGGGUUUUUUGGGCUGUUGUUGUUUGGGGUUCCUCGGCCCCCUGCCCUGUCCCCCCCCGUGCCCAGGUGUCUGCCAUGCGCUGCGGGCUCCUGCCCAUCUCCCGCGCCGCCCUUCUCCUGGGGGACGUCGCCUACUUCGACUUCCGCGGCGAGGUGGAGGACGAGGCCGAUCGCGUGGAGCUCCAGAAGUGCCUCGGGCCCACCUGCAAGAUCCUGGUGCUGCGGAACCACGGCGUGCUGGCGCUGGGCGACACGGCCGAGGAGGCUUUUUACAGCAUCUUCCACCUGCAGGCGGCCUGCGAGGUGCAGGUGAGUGCGGGGUGAGAGCCGGGCUGAGGGUGGGGCUGGAAUUGCGGGAGCACGCACUGUGCCAGUGUCAGCUCAGCCAGAGUGCCCCGGGAGCAUGGCAUGAGCUGGCACAGCUCUCAACCCCUCAUU